AUUUUUGUUUUUUUUGUUUAGAGAAAAAUGUGACCAGAAGAGGCAAGGAUGAUGAUGAUGAUGAUGAUGAUGAUGAUGAUUAGAUAAGCCUAAGCCACGUCAUAGCUUGAUUAUUAUCUUACACAAGUAACAAUUGUUUCAUUUUUUUGUUCAAGUACCAACCACCAAUGUCUUAAAAAAGUGGACAGUUUUCAUUACCUUCAUCCUUUUUUCUAAUGGUGUCUGCAACUGCAACAACCAAGGGAGCAAAAGCAUUGUCGUGUAGGCGAGGAGAGGUAGAACAAAAGUUGAAGUCAUUUGUUGGAAGUGCAAGUUUUUUCAAAAUUGAGGUGAGUGGUUGUCUUAACGUGCAUUCAUAAGCAGCGGGUGAAUAAGGAUCAGACUCUCAAUCAAGACUUGAAGCUAUGAGUACAACUAAGGUCUACAUAGUGUAUUACUCCUUAUAUGGACAUGUGGAGACAAUGGCACGAGAAGUUCAGCGAGGAGCUAAUUCGGUUCAAGGUGUUGAAGCAACAAUUUGGCAGCUUCAAUGGAAUGGAACAGGUCCCCGAGACACUUUCAAACUUGAUAGUGGAAAAGAUGAAGGCCCCUCCUAAAGCAGAUGAUGUACCAGUGAUUCAACCAGAACAACUUUUGGAGGCUGAUGGUUUUAUCUUUGGUUUUCCUUCUCGUUUCGGUGUGAUGGCAGCCCAAUUCAAGGCUUUCUUUGAUGCAACUGGUGAGCUAUGGGCAUCCCAAGCACUUGCUGGAAAACCUGCUGGAAUCUUCUGGAGUACUGGUUUCCAUGGAGGAGGUCAAGAACUUACUGCAUUAACAGCUAUAACACAGUUAGCGCAUCAUGGUAUGCUCUUUGUUCCUCUUGGUUACACAUUUGGCAGUGGCAUGUUCGAGAUGAACGAAGUGAAAGGUGGCUCCUCUUAUGGUGCUGGAACAUACGCGGCAGAUGGAACCCGAGAACCAACAGAGUUAGAACUCCAACAGGCUUUCCACCAGGGCAAGUAUGUUGCCGAAAUAGCGAAAAAGCUCAAAGGUUAGCUGCAUUUGAUAAUGCUGUAGAAAAGUAAUCCAGUUAACUAUGUGCAUAAGAUUUAGCUGCUAAGCACUGAGUCUGUGCACAAGCACUAGAAAACAGCAAGUGUCACAAGGGUUUGUGAAUUCCGCAUUCCAAAAGGAGAGGAUAAUGAUAAUUGUAAUAAUAAUGCAUAUGAAACAAAAACAACAUCAAAUAACUUAAUCAUCUUGAAGAAACUUUUGAGUAUUUCAUCUGAGAAUCUGAAGCAAUGAAGGUAGAGGCUGAUGAUGGUGGACCUCAAGGUGGUCUCUUAUGUCUCCCCCAUGAAGCUUCUUUGUAAAAUUACUUCCAGUUUCCUAAUCAUGUAAACUCAGAACAUGUUCUUACAAUAAUGGAUUACUUUGUAUAUA